CAUUUGAAUAAGUAUAAAAAGCAUUUGUCAAAAUGAUCUACGUACACAAUUUCUUUAAAUUAAAACUACUAAAAAACAUUGAAACAGUUAAAAGAAAUCAUGGGGAUACUAUGGACAAAAUUAAGCGAGGCAUUUUCAUACUUCACAGAAACUGGACAUUGUAAAAUUUUACUGUUGGGUUUAGAUAAUGCAGGAAAAACUACAAUUCUGUACAAACUAAAGCUUAACGAAGCUGUUAGUACCAUACCUACCUUAGGAUUCAAUGUAGAAACGGUAACGCCGUGCAAAGGAUUGGAGUUUACAGUGUGGGACGUUGGAGGACAGGAAAAACUCCGAUCUCUAUGGAAUUACUAUUUCCAAGACACAUGUGGUUUGAUAUACGUAGUUGAUAGUAACGACAGAGAACGGUACGAAAUGGCUAGAGAAGAAUUAUUCCGUGUCAUUGAAACAGAUGAGAUGAGGGAAGUGCCAGUCGUUGUCCUUGCCAACAAACAGGAUCUACCAAAUUCACCAAAACCAGAUGUUUUGGCAGAAGCACUAUCUCUCCAGAAAUUGAGAGACAGAAAAUGGUUUAUUCAGGGAACUUGUGCAAGCAGUGGUGAAGGUUUAUAUGAAGGUUUAAAUGAAAUGGCAAAAGUUGUAAAAGACUUCAAAAAGACAAGACAGAGUUGGUAGAAGGAAAACACUGAGAAAGAUACUAGUUAAUAUAAAUCCUUAUGCAAGUAACAGAUUUCUUGCAUCAAGAAGUGUAAAGUAUCUAAACAAUGAUGCGGAUUCUUUUCAUUUUAUUUGCGGAAUGCAAACUGUACUGGAUCAUACAUCGAAUGGCCACCGUCUUCCAGGGAAGGAGUAGGAAAACAGACAUUGUCAGUUCUUUAUAUCAUAUUUUAAUUGACAUAUAAGAAGGAUGUUUUAAAUCCUUAUAUUACUUCAGCUCUACAUGUAAACAAUCAGUAAUCAGGAAUAUCCUUGAGACAUUUACCACCAAUAAAUUUGUCAAAAAG